CCGUCUCCCCGUUCACUCGCGUUCAGCCGCCAGAGGAACUUCUGCGCGCCGCCGCCGCGUCCUUAAAGAAAGACUGCAGUGUUUUCUUCUUCUUCUUUUUUCUUUCCUGCCACUUCAGAAUCAUAAAAAAUAAGAAUUAAAUGUUUUGUGGCUUCUUGUUGACGGUCAGCGACAUGAAAAAACGCAGAACUGAGCAUCUGAAGUGGCUGAAGUGAGACGGAACUGGCGCGCUCAUACUCCUCCACUCACUCCUCCAAAAGGUCAGCCACGAUGGCAAAGUGGCUGAAGGACUACCUGAGCUUUGGGAGGAAGGUGCCCCCACAGCCGCCCACACCUGACUACACAGAGAGUGAGAUCCUAAAGGCGUAUCGACUCCAGAGGGAUCUCGAUUUCGAAGACCCCUAUGAGGAUUUGGAGAGCAGGCCCAAAGGGGAGUCUGGGAAUUCCGAACCCGCCACGCCGGUCUUCGGCUCUCCAAAGAAGCCGGCCGGUGUGGAUGUGAAGUCUCCCAAACACAGACUCAUCAAAGUGGACUCCCAGGAACUGGGGCGCACCAAGAUUUUCCUAAGUGCCAUUUCUUUGGAGGAUCAGCAAGAGCCUGUGGUGCCGUCAGCUCCACUGGCGGGGGACACCGAUUACUCCGACCCCUUCGAUGCCCGACUGCAGCGCAGACAGGAGCCGGACCGCGGACCCGCUCCUGGGGAGAAUAACGGCUACAUGGAACCCUACGAAGCCCAAAGGGUCAUCACAGAGCUGCAGCGCGGCCAAGGGGGACGCAUGCGGGGAGGAGUGCAGCUCUACGAUACUCCCUAUGAAGACAAACGUGGGAAGCGUCAGGGCUGUUCGUAUGGGGAACUUCAGGAGGAGAGCAAGGAGAGCAGCAGGCUGCCGCAAGACGACGAGAGGCCGGCGGAUGAGUACGACCAACCCUGGGAGUGGAAAAAGGACCACAUCUCCAAAGCUUUUGCAGAAAUGAGGGAAUUGUCGGAGUUGCCCUGGCCUGCCCCGGUGGGUCAGCUGGAGGAGGAGUCCUUCAUCAGAGAGCAAGUGCAAUUUGACGGCGCAGAGUGGGAUCGCUCCUCGUCACCCACAGAGCGGCUGUGUCCUGCUGGGCCUAGGUCCAGCCCGCUGGCUGGAGGGGGAGUGAAAUUCCGAAUGACGCACGACGGCCAUACCAUGGUGGGGGAAAGGGUGGACCCAACUCUGCCUCUGGAGAAGCAGGUAUGGUACCACGGCUCACUUUCACGCUCGGAAGCAGAGACGCUGCUGACGCUGUGUAAGGAGUGCAGCUACCUGGUGAGGAACAGCGAGACCAACCGCUCUGAUUACUCCCUGUCCUUACGAAGCUGCCAGGGUUUCAUGCACAUGAAGUUCGCCAAGUGUAAAGACGGCAAGUUCGUGCUGGGACAGAACAGCCCGCCCUUUGACACCAUCCCGGAGCUGAUCCAUUUUUACACCACACACAAGCUCCCCAUCCGGGGGGCCGAGCACCUGUCCCUGCUGUUCCCUGUGCUGGUGCAGACUCUCUGACCUGACCUCACCUGGACCUCCUGCAGGAUUUAAGGAGCUGCAAACCUGAAUGUUGGACUGGACGAUCCCAGAUCCUCUUUCUGGUCUUUAACUGCAUUUUUUUUUUUUUUUAUGUUUCAAGCCUCGAGAAACGAAGGACCACGUUAGGUGGAUAUCAAUUCAUUUCAAAUGGAGGACCUGACCUUUAGGCCCAUUUACCAUCACUAGUGUGAUGACACCAGCGGGUUAAAUUCUCUAAAAUGUCCUUCCCGGCGGAUGGAAAUCAGCUGGAAGAACUCUCUGAAUGUACCAAUGCAACAGUUUACAAAAAGACAAAACGCAGCAGAGAUUUUUGAAAGAAAAUCCAGUUAUGCAGAAAAACAUGAAUUAAACCUAGAAAGUCCUAUUUUACAGAUUUUUAAGGCCGCAAUGAAAUUACCCAAAAAAAAGUUUGGUGGGGGGGUAAAAAAAUAAAUAAAUCUUGUUCAUAUUUUAUCUUUGGAAUUCCUUUUGUAAAACAUGGAAAUAAAAUGAAGCAGUAAGACCCCAGUGGGAGUUUAAAGCCUUUUUAUACUGAACCAAACUGCUUUUUCUUUAAGACUGUUUUGUAGUAAAAAGCAGAUUGUGUGGUCUUUGCAUUUGUGUUGACUUUGUUUAUUUCUCAUCUGGUUGUGUUGGCUCGGACUUCGUCCUAAAUGCUGUUUUUCGUUGUUUUAGGCUGUUUUAGGCGACGACCGUCUGUGCAUGAAGCAAAAACACUUUCAGGCCAGCAAACUGGAUCAAUGUGCAGCACGUUUUCACACAGGUUUUCACUCUGCCCACCCUUCACGUUCUGACGAGUUCAGUUCUUGAAAAUGCUCUCCAAAGGCUGCAGUAUUUUUAAUAACAACUGAUGAUCACUUGAAUUAACAAACAAGAAGCAAAUUGAAAUAAUUGUUUAUUAAAGGAAAUGUGCUAAAAUAAAACAUGUUAGUCCACAAA